GCAGGAGAAGACGAGGAAGCGGCUGUCAGAGUGGCGAGACGGGUUGUGGAAACCGAAAGUGAAGUACAACAGAGUAACUGAGGAGGAGGAGCUAGAAAACGUCACAGGAGGAGAAAAACCCAAGCGAACUGUCCAGACCCGGAGGCCAGCCCACUCCAGCACCAAAAGAGGGAACGUUUGCCGAAACGGGGCCAAGGGUGAGAACAAAGCGUGAAAUCUCGGGUAUAAAGGAUGGGUGUCUCAGCAGAUAUAAGGGGCUAGAGCUGGACUAUGUUAAAGGGUCCACAAGUGCCUAUACGUUUGACUUAUGUGAAAUAAUAGAUUGCGAAGGGGCAAACGGUAGCUGGAGGGGAUAUGAUGUGUGGAUUUGUAGCCACCCUUACAUCUGCACGCGGGCAGGGAGCCCUCACUCCAGUCGGGGAAGUCACGCUGUCCUGGGGUCUUAUACUGCAGGCCAGUGGUGUAUUCCUGGUUGGGGAAAUGUGGUAGGAUGGACCGGAGUGGGAUGGCAGCCGCAAGUGCCUGAAGGGUUAAAAGGGAUAGCAAUACAGAGGGAUUUUUCCACUUCUCAGAACCCCAUCACCCUUUCCCUGGGUCCUUGGAAUGCUCUCCCUAGGUCAGAAAGUGCGGGAGGUGUGUUUUACCUGGUAAUCGGGAUAGAUAUGGUGGGAACAGAUCCGACAGGGGUAAUUAGGAUAAAUCUUGUCAACCCAAAACCCGAGCCGGUAGGAAACGAGUCGUCCACCGCAGCACCAGAGGAACGGGAACCAAAAGCCAGGUGAGUCCUCACGGUAGAUUAUACGAGGUUAAAACCAAAGGAUUUGAUAGAACGCGCCACCGGGUUCAGUGACAGCAACCUGUGGCUGGACUGGAUGGCAUUAAAUGCCAAGGAGCAGCAGGUGUCAAAUUGUGUGGCUUGUGCGUCGGCUAGACCACGUUUGUUUACAGAACCAGCACCACUACAUCCAGAGGAUCAGUGGGGCUAUGACUGUAUGCUGCAACUGACCAGAGGAGUGGUGAGCACUGGAAACUGCACGGUGUUGUCCAGUUUAUUUCCCCCAACCGAUAAACAUACGAAGGCGGGACCAUUUAUGCCGAAAAAAGAUAAUUAUACGUGUUUUAAGUUCUCCACAGAUCACGUGAAAUAUGAGGUGGGAGAAAUUGACCCAAGUUGGUGUUUGGUUACCAAAACGGGGAGAACCACAAACAAUGUAAGUGAUGCAAACACUUUGAUUGGGACCUGGGCUAGAAGUGGGCUUUAUUAUUACUGUGGACACAAAACUCUUUUGGCUCGUGUUCCUCUGGGAAGCGUGGGGACGUGUGCAAUGGUGAGGCUAGGUGCGCCACUUAUGUUAAUAGGAAAUCGGGUGAAGGCAUUCCCAAAGCACGACACACGCACACUGACAGCUAGGCGCAAGAGAUACGUUCUUGGAAAAAGAGGGGCUGAGGGAACACAUGCUUAUGAUCCUAGGAUGGACUCGCCGACCUGGAUAGACUCAAUAGGGGUGCCCCGGGGAGUUCCAAAUGAGUAUAAGCUUGCAGAUCAAAUAGCCGCCGGGUUUGAAAAUAUUCCAAUAAUCGCUGCUCUCUUUCCUGUGACCCCUAACAAGAAUGUGGAUAGAAUUAAUUAUGUUCACUAUAAUCUGCUGAGACUCUCUAACCUUACUCGAGAUGGGAUGGAAGGGCUAGUGGAGCAAGUGGGUCCGACCUCGUUGAUGGGGGUGCAGAAUAGAAUGGCUUUAGAUAUGCUGUUAGCAGAACGAGGCGGUGUAUGUGCGAUGUUCGGUGAUCAAUGCUGUACUUUUAUUCCUAAUAACACGGCUCCAGACGGGUCAGUCACUCGAGCACUAGAGGGGUUGAAAACGCUCUCUAAGACCAUGCACGAACAUUCGGGAAUUGAGAAUCCGCUGGAGGGCUGGAUGACCUCGGUCUUCGGACAGUGGAAAGGGUUUGUACUUCCCAUUAUGCUUUCAUUAGCUGUGAUGGUGGGUAUUUUGGUGACCUGUGGCUGUUGUCUCAUUCCUUGUGCCCGAGCUCUGUUAGAAAGGGUGAUCACGAAGGCAGUGGAUCCAGGAGCAGAAGCCCACAUACCCAUGAUGCCUUUGAUGGACAUGGGAGUUGCUGUGGGGGACGAGGAGUGAAGCACCUGAAAAGUAUGGUGACCUCUGGUUAGUCAGAGGUCAAAAGGGGGAAUGAGGGGUCUGAAAAGUGCUUUUGCCAUGAUGU